UCAGUUCCUUCCACCGUGCUGUACGAUUCGUUUUCGCUUCAGUUUUAAAAUUACGAUUGAUUCCCUCCGGGAACACUACGGAACGUCACGGUACGUCCAACACCACCGAACAAACCCCUGUCCGCCCACCCACCAUGAGUCAUGAUUAUUUAUUCAUAUGUGAAAUUCUUUCUUCCACAAUACGCCUCCUGAUGCCGGAUGUGUCUGCCCUUAAGUGAACGAACGUUCCACUUUCUAACCCCUUUACUUCCUUCUCGCCACGGUUGAACGGUUGAAGGAUGCUGUAUCGCGAUAACACGAUUGUUAAUUACGACUUUCUAUCCCGAUCUAACGCCUGGCUACACCGAAGUAGUUGGUGGAAGCGUAGCAAGGGCAAGGGACACUUUUAUCCUUUUCGCAUUUUCUCCUGUUUGCUGGUGGUAUCUGGUGGCUGAUGCGUCGCUUAAGGUGGUUCAGUUGGUGGCGGUUGGCAUAUGAAUGGCAUAUCUAAUGGCCGUGUCCUUUGACGCGACGGCAACAUUGUUCGCUGCGUGCUGCAUCGGGUUUUUUUUUGCUUGCGAUGAUUUAUCUACCCUGUCCUUGUUGGUGGUGGCACGUGAUUGCGGUGAUUUAUUUGCAGCGAGUAAAUAAGCGUUAAAGCAAAAAAAAAAGGGUUCUGGAAUAUACAUGUGGCACGGUUGUAGGAUGUGUAUGUGGCACACCUGUUAGGGCAUUAUGAUGGUUCCCAUGCUCCAAGGAAUGUGCACAUUCUCAGCAGGAUGGAUAGAUUCACUAUAAAAGUAAGCCACUACUGCUGGACGGUUGCUGUAGGACGAUACUGCUCCACCAUGAAGAAGUUAAGCGCUAGUGAAGCAAACUUGGAGCGCUUGUUUGUGCUGAUCGGCAAGCAUAUGGAUCUGCUUAAACUCAACAUUCUCGAUCCUGGCUGGCGUGUAACCGUGCUACCCGUGAUAGUGUUCGCGAUGAUCGCUUUUAUGCCCUUUUUAACGGCCUUUUCCGUUCGCAAGUACUACGCAUAUCUGGAGAUCAUAGUCGAGUGCUUGACGCAGUCAUGUACCGGCAUGCAGGUGUUCUUUCGUUCGUACUUUUAUCUCUCCCAGCGCGAUCUCUGCCGACGCAUCGUGCAGGAGAUGCGUGACCAGCGGUUCGCGUACGGUGCCGAUCGAGACGAUCGCAUGGAACAGUUGUUCCAGCGUGCGACGGAACGGAUGCUGUUCCUGUAUCGCUUAAUCUACGCAAUGUACUGUGGGUCGUACUUUUUCUUGCUCGGCCCGCUUAUAAUGCCCGAUCCGCGCAAGAGUAGCCUCCCGCUAGCGUUUUGCAUACCGUUUCUGCCGCCGGAAGAAAGCUGGCUCUACUGGUGCCUGAACUACGCGCAUCACAUCAUGCUCAACGUAAUCGGUAUCCAUCAUCUCGCCCCAAUGGAUGGUGUAGUUUUGCUGGCAUUGAUAAGCGUCUGCACGAGAAUCGGUGCACUGGAGCUAAUGCUGGAGGAGCUGGACGAGAAAAUUACGGCAUCGGAAUGGCAACAGACGGAACGGCUCGAACCGUACCUGAACCGUAUCAUCGAGCUGCACAGCGAUAUGAAGCGGUUCGCGGAUCUCAUAAACAACACGUUUCAAAUGCAUUUCUUCUCGAUCUUUACCAUGAUCUGUUUGAUUAUCUGUAUGUGCUUGAACGUGAUCGCUAGUCAGCCGAAAAACUCGAUCUAUCCGCUGAUGGUAGCAUCGAUCUGUCAGCUGCUGGUGAUAUGUUUGUUCGGUAACAUACUGCUCAUCGCUAACGAACGGCUUCCGGCUUGCAUUUAUGGCAUACAGUGGUACCGACUCAAUAUCGCCCAGCAGAAGAAAUUGCUGUUCCUGCUAGGUAACGCUCAACCGGAUAUAGAGAUGAGCGCCGUAUUUAUGCCGGUGAACAUGACAUCGUUCGUGGCGGUUUUGCGGGCAGCCUAUUCGUACUUUACCAUAUUGCAUUAAAGUGCAAAAAUUCAACGCAUAAGGACAUACUGAAACGAAAGUCUAAAAAUA